CGUUCUAUCGUGGUGACCACUUCACUCGAAUCUUCAUUCCAGUUCCCCUUCACGAACAAUAGUUUUCAAAAACUGAAUUGAACUUCAAAAUGUUAUCAAAAUUACAAACUGUGGUGGCGUUUAUUGCCGCAAUGGUUGUCGCCUCUUCCGGAAAGCCAGUCACUAUUCAGGGCGUUGUUUCUGGAGCAAUUAGCUGCGGUGGUUCUUCUGGUUUCGUUUCAAUGGAGCUUACCGAUUGCACUGCCGCCCCGUGCAACGUUUCUACUGGAACGACAUAUGAAAUUGGAAUCUCGUUUUUGUCCCAAGAAACGACUUCGAACGUUAAUUGGCUGCUCUAUUUGUACUAUCCAAACGGAGGGGUGAACCGAAUUGCUGAUAAGACGGCUGAGGGGAGCAUUGUGGAUGGAAUUCAGUAUCGGGUUGCAGACAACUUUGUCAUCCCAGACAGAUUCAACGGGAUCGACGGAGAAUUAUCCGUCAUGCUGAUGAAUGGAGAGACCGGGUCAAGAGUAACCUGUGGGAUUUUCCCAGUGGUGAUUGCACCCAACGCAAGUUAGGUUUACAUGAUAAUAAUUAAAGAUCACUGCUAAAUGACUUAAACCUACAAGUAAUACAAGGAUUAAAGGAUGUCAACAAAAAUGAUA